UUGACAUACGUUCAUCGAAAAUGCCUCGUUGGUCGCAGCAUGCUGAGGAUUCAUUUCGCCUUCCGGAAGGCUUUCGAAGGAUAGGGUACGAUGCAGAUACGAUGCAGUAUACAUUUACGGACAAGCACGGGAAGUUGUACCGGGGUGCGCCUGGGGAGGAGUAUGGAACAUUGACGCCAGUCAGUUUCUCUGCGUCGACGGAUAGGCCUGGAGCCUUUUCAGAGGGCGAGAAUCCGAAGGUGACCGACUCGUCUGCAACUAGUGCCUGUGGGCCUGCUCCAAAGUUGACAUUCAGCGACUUCCUCCCUCCAUCUGCUAUGACGUCUGCCUUGUCGCCCCCCGACCAAAAUUUACCUGCAACCCCGCCAAAGGCACACUUUAACGGUGGGAUGUGGACUGCUCUUCCCAAAAUGGGGGGCAUCAUGCAGAGCCUCCGUUGA